GUAUCGCCGGAAAGCUCCUUUUCUUGUCUAUAACGACAAGGUAAAUUUGUCAACCAAUGAAAAUAUUCCAUUUAAUUUCGAAUGUUCAAAUGAAACACACUUUUUAAAGAGUUUGACCUACAUAUACCAAAUUUUCCUACUCGGCCUUACCCCGGAAGCAAGGUAAAAUUCUAUUGGCUGGCGGACUCGGCAUUAUCAGUGUUAAAAUUUUCGAUUCGCUAGCUAGUUUAUCGCUUCCGGCGUGCCUAGUGAUGCACUCAUUCUUGUUGUGGAUAUUCAAUCAGCUGUUUACAAACUUUUUAGACAAAUCUCAUCGUAUCAAAUGUUUUUGUCGGUUUAAUAAUGUUUAAACUGUUUAGAAGUAUCGUGAUUUUAUACCAGCCACCAUUCUUUGUUGAUUCACUGCUACUAGAUUUAGUCUACACAAGCCUACGAGAAGAGUAAGCAGUGUUUUACGUGUGUGUGUAGUAAGUUAUUACACAGCAAGAAAUACACUAUCACCCUGUGAUCGAACCCAAAAAAGACUUAUCAGAUAGAACGAUUUUGGUAAUAACUUAAGUAAUCCCCGGGUGAAGUUGGCCUAAACAUGUUACAAGUGUCCUAAUGCCUAACAAGGAUAACAGAGUACACAACAAACUAGGCUCAUGUGUUUUACAGUCUACAGCUGAUUAUGACAACUACAGCCUUAAUUUUGUUUACAAGGAAUAGAUGCACGGACAUCAAGCAGCCUACAGUGUGUGUUGAAAACCCUGCAAGUUGUCCUGGUUCAAGUGCUUACAGUCAGUGGCAUGAUCUAAGGACUUUUAAGUAGCUCAAUUGGCCAGUUGAGCCCACUCAUGUUGUGGAAUGAAGCCAUUUUUCUUCGAGGUGGCACAAAUAUGCAAUUUAUCAACAGAGAGGCCCUGGUCAUUCUCUGUGUAAACUAUGCAUUCUUCUCUGUGAUCGUGCUGUCGUUUGUGCUUGUCAUUAUGCUCAUGACUAACACCUCACAAACUCAACACGACCUCAUGACAUCUCUCUCCAUGAUGGCCUUCAGUUUUAUUUUCAUUGACUUGGUUAUUGCCAAUUUUUUAGUGGAGUCUAUUCGGCUACAGACAGAGAUUAAAUCUAUUUAUCAAAUCUGAGCAAAUGAUUGGAGGGUAAAGAGUAAAAAAACCAAUGAUAAUGGCAGUGGUGAAAGGAAAACAGCUAGAGAGUCUGAUAGCUUCACAGGUCUUGUCAUCAGAGGCAGGUGUCAUGGCCAUUAACUCUGAAACAUCGUAUAGAUUGGACUUUGAUGACUCAGCAUCCACGCCUCUAAGUCCCAGUUCCAGCUUCUCUGUGUCGUCCAUAGGGAACAUAGAGCAGAGCUUUAUUGACGCCCUCAUGCUGUGCCAGUGGGACAACAUCCUGGGCCCACGGCUGGAGCACGUCUGGUAUGUGACAGGUCGGCCGCAGCCACACACAAACAUUCUGCGCUGUGUGACUCGCCAGGUCCUUUCAGGCGAGAUUAACAGAGAUCUACAAUCUAGUCAGGUAGACUUUAAAUUCUGUGACAUUCCAGGGUUGGGUGUGAUUAUCCCAGCCUUUAUUUUCUCUGCCCAGAGCAGCACUGGCUUAUCCUUGCAGUCGCUAGCUUUGGUUAUACCAAACUCUGAGCUGACACUCUACCUGCAUCAGGUAGAUCUCAUUCAUGCAUGGUUCAACAGAAUUGUUGUCAAGUUAAGAGUUUUGUCUACCAAGAAAGAUUUUGGCACCUCUGGACUGGCUGACCUCUCGUGCUGGCUCUGGUCAUGUAUGGACAUGCUGUCAUCUCUACAGGAGGUCGGGCUACCCCCAAAGAUUGAGCUGAGCUACACAGCCUUCCACCCCAACCAUGCCCAGGAGCUGGAGUUCCUGCGUAAAGUUGUGUCCUCGCACCUGAUGACCUACGGACGCACCGUUGUGAUUGGUGUGCGUGCUGACAAAGUGAAUGUGCUGGUCUACACACUGGGCUUGUUUUGUUGGGACAGUGAGCGGCUGUGCUCUAGGGCCGCCCUCAGCGGGAGGAACUGGCCUUACUUUCAGGAUCUCUGCGUGCAGGGUUGUAUAAAGAGUUCUGAUGGGUCGUCCAGCAUCUGUAGCAGGGAUGUGCUGUGUAGCAGGUACCCCAGCACCCUGGUGGACGUUGACCUCCAGACUGUCACCCAGUCCAGCCUGGCCGUGGACCACAGAAAGCUCAGCCACCAGGCUCUCACUGAGGAGCUAAAGGAGCUGUACCAGGGACAGGAGGGCUAUCAUAAAGGGCCUGAGGGAGCCUUCCCAGCAGUUACUGUUCAGGAGAGUCUUGUACGAGAUCUAAUUGACGAGAUCCACAAGCUCCCCCCAGAAAAUGGUGUCAGGGAGGCCUAUAUAGGCCACUUUAUGCACACACUGCAGCGUAGGGCCUUCUCCCUCAUCAAGUAUUUAGAGGGAGAAUGGCACCCAACUGGCGCCACUAACAGACCUAGCACCAAGCGAAUGAGGCAGGACCUGGGUCUACAGCUGGAAGGAGAUUUCCGUAUCGUCAUGGCAACAGCGGACAAGAUGAAGCCUGGUCUAUACCAGUAUGUGCUAAGUGACAGACGGUAUGACAGCGAGUAUCUGCCCAACAUGGCUGAUGUAUUUUAGUGUGACAGCGAGUAUCUGCCCAACAUGGCUGAUGUAUUUUAGUGUGACAGGCGGUAUCUGCCCAACAUGGCUGAUGUUUUGUAGUGUGACAGCGAGUAUCUGCCCAACAUGGCUGAUGUAUUUUAGUGUGACAGCGAGUAUAUGCCCAACAUGGCUGAUGUAUUAUUUAACUACCUAGCCCCACUACACCUACACCUGGGCCCCACUACACCUACACCUGGGCCCCACUACACCUGGGCCCCACUACACCUACACCUGGGCCCCACUACACCUACACCUGGGCCCCACUACACCUGGGCCCCACUACACCUACACCUGGGCCCCACUACACCUACACCUGGGCCCCACUACACCUGGGCCCCACUACACCUACACCUGGGCCCCACUGGGCCCCACUACACCUACACCUGGCCCCACUACACCUACACCUGGGCCCCACUACACCUACACCUGGGCCCCACUACACCUACACCUGGGCCCCACUACACCUGGGCCCCACUACACCUACACCUGGGCCCCACUGGGCCCCACUACACCUACACCUGGCCCCACUACACCUACACCUGGGCCCCACUACACCUGGGCCCCACUACACCUGGGCCCCACUACACCUACACCUGGGCCCCACUACACCUACACCUGGGCCCCACUACACGUGGGCCCCACUACAGCUGAUGAGCUGAAAACAUUAUGUAACUAUUUCAAAACAUCCAUGCAUUUGUUUUUUUUGUUGAUUAUCUAUGAUGGCUGUGUCAUUAAGUAAAUGUUCUGUCACUUCCAUUGGUGAGUUGACAUUCAUGUGGUUAUUCAAAGGUGAUGGUCACUUGACCUUUGGCUGCAUGUAGCUAGGCAGCCAGUAGAUAGGUGGUUGUGUUAGCACAACAGUUGACGGCUUGUUGUCUUGUAUCUCACCCAAACAUGAUGAAUCCCAGAUUUAUACUCAGGACUAAAUGUUUACAAGCCCUCACAGUUGAUGGUGUCUUGAUGACCUAAUGACUGGCUGACCUAAUGACUGGCUGACCCAAUGACUGGCUGACCUAAUGACUGGCUGACCUAAUGACUGGCUGACCUAAUGACUGGCUGACCUAAUGACUGGCUGACCUAAUGACUGGCUGAGCUAAUGACUGGCUGACCUAAUGAUUGAAUUGUGCGGUCUAACCUUGUGUCAUGUGUUAUGUCUUUAUUUAUUGAUGCUGUUACCAGUUUUUUAUUUAUAGACUAUCAGAAUGUAAAGAUUAAUAAUUAAUGCACAGAAAUAAAAUGUUCUUUUUCUCUUU